AUGGCUUCGACUCCACUGCAUCGCCCAAUUGUUCUGGAUGUUCUUGCAAUAUAUUGCAUUCUGACCAUGAAUUUGCCCGCUGCAGAAACUGUGUGUCAGUCCAACAUUUACUUACUCGACAACGAAUACCAUAAUAUUGUUAUUGGCAUAGAAGAAAACGUCGCCGAGGAUACGGAUCUAAUUGACAGAAUACGGAAAAUAUUCACCGAAGCGUCCGCUGAUCUGUACGAAGCAACAAACCAUCGUGCAUUUUUCAAGAGCAUCUUCAUCCUCGUUCCCAAAUCCUGGAGUGACCACCAUGACUACAUUGCACCAAGAUUCGAAAGUCUCCGCACAAGUGAUGUCAUUGUAUUUGAUCACGUGAUUGCUGUCCCGUACGUCUCUAACGUUCAUCAAUGCGGAGUAGCGGGAGACAGAAUGCACCUUACGAGACAGUACAUCAUGGAAGAGGACACUUCAUGUGACUAUGGUCCUUACGGCAAGGCUAUAGUCAAGGAAUGGGGUCAUCUUAGAUGGGGAGUGUUUGAAGAACAUCCUGGCGGUGGAUCAGGGGCCCCUCAUUUUUAUCACGGACCAGAUGGGAAAGUGGAAGCCACCAAAUGUUCCGAAAAAAUAACAGGUGUACAGGCUAUACUCGAAGGUAGUACCUCGAAGCUCGGAGAUUGUCCAAUUAACACAGCAACUAAUUUGCCUAUUGAUGGCUGUUAUUUUUAUGAUGAUGGUGAUUCUACCAGUUAUUCGGCAUCCAUUGCCUAA